GAUGACCAGAGACUGCAGACACGGUACGGGGGAUGACCAGAGACUGCGGACAUAGUACAGGGGAUGACCAAAGACUGCGGACAUAGAACAGGAGAUGACCAGAGACUGCAGACACGGUACAGGGGAUGACCAGAGACUGCGGACACGGUACAGGAGAUGACCAGAGACUGCGGACACAGCACAGGAGAUGACCAGAGGCUGCAGACAGUACAGAUGAACAGAGACUGCAGACAGUACAGGAGAAGACCAGAGACUGCAGACAGUACAGGAGAAGACCAGAGACUGCAGACAGUACAGGAGAUGACCAGGGACUGUGGACAG